AUGAUAUGGUGUCCAUUUUGCCAGAAGAAGUUCCCUUUGCCAGAAGAUGCUCAGUGUGCAAGUUCCCAGACAAAAGAUGUCCCAAAGGAAGAGUCAAUAGACUAUGUGCUCCCAAGCGACAUCUCGCUGCCUAUCGAUACGAGGGGCCCUGCUUUUCUUUAUAUCGUUGACUUGUAUCAGCAUAUCGAAUGCCCUGAGGAAUUCUCGGCAUUGAAGGACCGUCUUCGAGAGUCGAUCUCCCGUCUUCCGUCGCUCGCAUCGGUGGGACUACUCACAUUUUCGAAGGAUGUCACACUUCACGGGGAAAAAGAUGUCAUCUUCACCAUCAAUGAUUUUCCUCCUGGCUACGAUUUUUCGAGUAUACUAGGUGACAAACCUGCAAUCGCCAAGAUCCUUCUGAGAAUUGCAGAUUCAUCAAACACUAACAUCCUAAAGGGUCUGAAACUUCUCCAGUCAGGCUUUUUUAAGAAUCCUACGGACAUUUUGGAAGACAUCGAGCAGCUCAAGCCUGAGCUAACCAGAUCAUUCAAACCAGAGCGUGCCUCCGGCCUAGCACUUUUCGUUGCAUCGAGCUUUCUCAAUUGCGCCAGUUCCACUCUGCUUUUGGGAAAGAUAAAGCUCUUCUCAUCUGGCCCAUGUACCAUAGGCCCAGGAAAAGUGGUGGACCCCUCGGAAAGCAUAAGAACACACGAUGACAUUGCAAAUCUCAAGGCGCCACACUUUGUUAAGGCUGCUAAAUUUUACAGAGCGAUAUCAUUUGUUGGAUGUGGUUACACUUUUGAUCAGGCGAACACUGCAGCUUUCACUUCUGGUGGCUCUCUUACAAACUAUAGUGUCAAGCCGACAGCUUCAAAAUUCACUUUUGAUCUAUAUUUUGGCUCCCUUGAUCAAGUUGGACUAUACGAAAUGUGUUCAUUGUCUUCGGGUACAAGUGGAAUAGUCAUUUUUAGCGAUUCGUUCACUAGACAAUCAUUUAAAAACAAGCUUGAGGCCGUCAGUGACACUAUUUCAUCGCAGGAUUGCAUUCUUACAGUACAAACCUCGCCAGGCCUCAAGGUAUCGUACACCCUUUGUUAUGGAACGCCUUACCAGUCAUCGUUCCAAUCUUCCCAUCUCAUGCAAUUUCAUCAUGAGCGCAUCUCCGAUACAAUCUCUGGGUUUGAAUCCCUGAUGAAAAAGCGGCACUUCACCAACAGAUGGUAUCUCGGAGAUCUAAGGGACCAUGUGGGAUGUGUUCUCUUCGAAGUUGAUCCAUCUUACAUCACAAGGACAAAAGCCAAAAAUGUUUUCGUUCAGUUCCAGCUAGACUACUGGGACUCGAAGCUUGAGCGCAGAGUUAUACGAACAACGACACUUCAGAAGCCCACGACGAUGAGUAUCUUUGCAUCAGGCUCUGGGAAAGAAGACAAGAUUCUACACAAGAUCAACGAAAGUGCCAGACAGAAAGCUCUACUCGCAAACUUUAACCCAGAAACGUGGAUCACGAUCCUCACGAGGCUUUUGAUUAGUAAGAUCGAUACCACCUUGGGAUUUGAAUCAUUUGAGGAGGUCAUCGAGCUUAUGGAUGUUACGCUCAUGAAGCUCACGAAAUUUUUUGGGGUCAUGAAAGAAGAGGCGUCUGCCUCCAAUAACCCUUUUGAAAAGCUCAAAGCGCUUUAUUCUAUCGAUGAGAACUUUAAAAAACUACCAAUUUUUGCAUAUUACUUGAGAAAAAAUCCUCAACUAGUCUCCAUUUUUAACAGUUCACCAGAUGAGACGGCGUAUUUCCAUCAUAUUUUUAUGGGCCUCUCCACGGAGGAGGCUUGCAUCAUGAUUCAACCGAGACUCUACGAGGUUAUUGAGGGCCAAAGAAUAGAAAAGCCUUUGGAAACAACGUCGGUUCUCAAAGCAAAGGAUGGUUCAUGUUUCAUCUUAGAUUCGUUUCAAACAAUCAUUCUUUAUUUGCAUAGCGAUAAAAACAGACUAAAGCUUCAUAGCUCGGACAAUGACGAUAUAGUCUACGAGCGGAAGAAUGAGCAAGUGAAUAAGUUUAUUGACAUCAUCAAUGAUGAGAUUUUGCAACAGCAAAGGACAUUCCCAAGCAAGAUUUCUUAUGUCUCGCCUCCUGCCACCUAA